AUAUUAGGCGAAGACAUUACAGUCGAUAAGGUAGUGCAAUUGCAAGUGUCAACAAAAACAUUCCAUCUGUAUAGUUUUGUAUUUUCAUUUAGUGUACACUAUUAUUUUUACAUUUAUUUCUAUAUUUCAAUUCUCACAAAACUCGAAAAGUCUAUUGGAUAUGCUUUCGGGUUGGUACUGCCGCUCUAUGGCAAAUCAGCAAGCUGCUCAAACCGACGAAAACGAUCCCAAUGUGGAUGACGAUUCUGGUUCAGAUGAUGACAGUCGCGAACAGCAGCAGACACAGUCCGGUAUAGGUAUUGGCAGUGGCAAUGGUGGAGGAAAUAGUUCCGGCACAGCCAACGCCGUGGAUUAUAAAUCGCAGUAUCGGUAUCUUAAGCGCAAACUUAAAUUCCUAAUUUAUGAAAAUGAAUUUUUUCAAGAUGCUUUGCGUUCUAAUCAACGGCGGCUACUGAAAGUGUCACGCGAUCGUGCAUUUUUGUUAGACCGUUUAGUACAGUAUGAGAAACCCGAGAACACGUCAUCGGAAAGUGAUGAGACUGAGUCGUCAGAAGAUGAAGCAACCAAGGAAGCUAAAAAGCGUAAACUUGAACAGAACACAUCAGCCAAUCCUGGCGGUGGUGCUAGUACUGGUUCCACACGCGGACGCAAAAAGAAAGUGCCGCCAGUUCAACCGGGUGAAAAUCCUCAAACACCUAACAUACCGCCAACAGUUAACGCCGUUAACCAACCACAACAUCAGCCAAUCGCUGAUUUAGAGCAAGCACAACAAAUGCAAAUGUCAGCGGCAGAAGUGGAACGUCAUCUACAAUCUCGACAACAUGUCAUGGAGCUAGUACAAGAUCGUGCACCAGCCACUGUGCCCACAGAAAUGUUCAGCAAUGAACCCUCAUUAGACAGUGAGUCCAACGAUCAUAUGAUGGAUGGUUCUUCGCCUACACAUGUUGCGGCUGAAGAAUGCGUACAAAUGGAAUACACGAAUUAGAAUUUGUUUUAAAAAAAAAUUAGUUUCAGUUUAUUACACGUUGAAAAGAAUACUUAAUAUAUUAAUUACAUUUACAUAAUAUUUUGAAUA